AGUAGGAUGGGGAGGAUUUGCAAUACGUUGUUGAAGCUUUUGGGUGUUGCUGGUGUGAAUGUGAGUUCUAAGGUUAAGGAGAAAGCGUUGAAGGUGGCUUUGGAAUGGAAAGCGAGGAUGAGGGAUGAUUAUGGGCUGCCGUUAAUGGAGAGUUCAUGAAGCUUUGUCGGGAUAUUGGAAUGACAGAUAGAGUUCCUGAAAUUGUUCAGAAUCUUGUUGAUAGAGGCAAACAUGUUCAAGCUGUCAAGUAUGUUUUUGAGUUUAAUCUUGCUCAUAAGAUUCCACCUGUUCCUAUUUUGAAAGCUGGUGUGGAAGAAGCUAAGCAACUUUCUGGAAGACUUUCCGAGGAAGGAAAGCCAAGGAGGGAAAUUAUUAGUAGAGAACUUCAUACACUGAAAUCAAUAAUUGCGGUUAUUGAGAAUCAUAAGCUUGAAUCUGAAUACCCACGAGCUAGCCUUGACCAGCGUAUAAAGCAAAUGAAGGGGCAUGAUGCAAAUAUGAAAGACAGAACACCAGCUUCUAUUCUAAAUCAGCAUCCACUGCAACAACAACGAAAGAGAAGUAUGGAGCAGCAGCAGCAAAAUGAGAGCAAGCUUCCUCGAACAUCCACUUCAGUUGGUCCAGCAGCUGUCCUCAAGAAUAUAACUGGCAACAAUUCAACAAUAUGCCAGUACCAGCAACCUCCUGUUAAUCCCUCAGGUUUGUUUCCAGAACAUGCAUAUCCAUACAUGAGCUCGCCAGCUAUGCCACCUGGCAUGAUGGGCCCUAGCCUAACCAGGCCUUCUUACCCAGGUCCUUCAGCCGGGACUUAUGGUUUUGCUGGAAUUCCCAUAGGUCCCAACCUAGGUGGUUCUCAUAUGAUACACUCAUCAGAGCCACAUAUGCCAUCUGCUUAUGGUGGUAUUAAUCUGCGAUAUCAUCACCAAAAACCUUAUUAUCCUCAGUAGAUCAAUAAAUUGCUUCUCUUGCUAGUACUAAACUCAUGCGCUGGUAUUCUAGCGUCUCCCUUAACUUCCACCUUGGGUGUUUGGUUUUUAAGAGUGUAGUUUGCUGCUUUGCUACAUUGACCAUGAUUGUAUGGUAGAAAUUGGAUUCGGUAAUUGUGAAUUGUGAAGGAAUGCUUAGUUUCACAAUUUUAUUUAUUCAAGCAGAGGGAUUUUUAAAAUCUGUUACAUCCUGAGGUGCAAAAACCUCAAAAGUUAAAUCUUCUUUCCAUCUUCCUUGAUUUCCAUCAAUAAAUUAUUUGUUAUGUUAUUUAUAUAAGGCUCAACUUGAGUGUUUCCUAUGCAUAUGUAAAAGAAUGAUUUUUUAGUUAUAAAAUCACUUUUAGAUGUUA